GAUAUGAAAUUCAGCUCGAGUCUUGGGGAUUUCUUUUCCAGAGAGCUUUUAACUUAGGGUUGAAUCUAUGUCCCCUUAUAUCCAGAGUACCUGGUAGUAUCAGAGAGAGCAGAAUGCUUGAUGAUUCAGAGGAUAAUCCAGGAGCUCAGUAUAAUGCGGAACACACGUCUGAGAUAAACCUUGUUGGACGGAUAGUUCUAAAUACCUGGAGAAUUAUGAGAUCAGAGUUACCUCUGUAUAGUUAUACCUUACAGAGUGUAGCAUGGAAGGUGUUAGGUAAGAGAAUUCCAAAGAUAAGUCAUCAAUAUCUUACAAAAUGGUGGAAGAAUAAUCUUACGCGGCAUAAGACUGUUAAAAAUAUGUUGGAACGGGUGAACAUUCAUCUAGAGAUAUUGUACAGGCUCGAUAUAGUUUCAAGAACAUCUGAGUUGGCAAGAAUAUUUGGAAUUCAGUUCUUUGAGGUGAUAAGCCGAGGCUCCCAAUUCCGCGUUGAGUCUAGUAUGUUGAGACUAGCCAAACCAAUGAACUUUAUACCUGUAUCCCCUUCUAGACAGCAGCUAGCUGGCCAGGCUGCUCCCGAAUAUUUAGCUCUUCUGCUUGAACCAGAGUCUAAAAUGUACACAGAUCCCGUGAUAGUUCUAGAUUUUCAAAGUUUAUAUCCAAGCAUUAUUAUUGGAUACAACUAUUGCUACUCUACCUGCCUGGGUCGGGUGCAGAAUAUGGGAGAACCAGGAGUUUAUCCUUUUGGUUGUACAAACCUCAAGAUAUCUCCAGGGAGACUCAGAUUGCUCCGUGAUCAGAUUACAAUAUCUCCUGGGGGAAUAGUCUUUCUCAAGAAAACAGUACGGAAAGGAGUUUUACCAUCAAUGCUUGAAGACAUACUGAACACAAGGAUCAUGGUCAAACAGUCGAUGAAGAAACAUUCAAAGGAUAUUGAUCUUCAGAAGAUUCUUCACUCCCGUCAGCUUGGUUUAAAGCUUAUAGCAAAUGUUACCUACGGUUAUACGUCAGCUAGUUUUAGUGGUAGAAUGCCAUGCGUAGAGGUGGCGGAUAGUGUGGUCGCAAAGGGUCGUGAGGCCCUGGAGAUAACAAUUAAAACUAUAGAAGAGAGGAAGGGCUGGGGAGCUAAAGUAGUUUACGGGGACACAGACAGUGUGUUUGUUCUUCUCCAGGGUAGAACUAAGGACGAAGCAUUUGAUAUUGGAGAGGAGAUGGCCCGUGUUAUUACUGAGAUGAAUCCUAAACCAAUGAAACUAAAAUUUGAAAAGGUUUAUUUACCCUGUGUACUGCAAACCAAGAAAAGAUAUGUUGGAUACAUGUACGAAACAAAAACACAAUUAAAACCAGAAUUUGAUGCCAAAGGAAUUGAAACUGUCAGACCUCAGUUUACAACACAGGAAAGAAACUUCCUUGCUUUUGAGUAUCACAAAAGAAAGGGUCACAGAAACGUUAUGCCUGGUCUUAUCAUGGACUUUGGGCGCAAAUAUCUCAAUGCAAGACAGCCUGCUUUAUGUCAUGUCAGAAGAAUCUAUAAAAAGGCAAUGGAGCUAGGGACAGUACUCAAUGUGAAUAGUAAGACAAGUCCUGGAAAUUCAUUCAGUGGAAGAUCACGACAUGUCAGAACUCCAAGAAAUGUUGUCAGGGUAGCUGUAGUAAUGAACAGAGAUGCUGCCAAACACAUUGGAGCUAUAAAUACUUCUCCUGUAAGCUCUGCAAGGAGAAACUUUUUAAUGUUAAGCAAAUCCAGCUGGUCAAGGAUAUCAACUGAUAUGAAAUAUCACCCAUAUCGGCCAAUUACAAGGCAGGAACUAAAACCUGAAGAUUUACCAAGAAGGAUACAGUUUUGUACCUGGAUCAGAACUCUCACAAAUAAUCAGCUAGGUAAACUUGUCUUUUCUGACGAAGCAUACUUUGAAUUAAAUGGUUCUGUAAAUUCUCAGAAGGUUCGGCGGUAUGCUCCUCUCAAGUCUAGUGAUCCAGUAAAUGGUGGCCGGCCUGCUCACUUUAUUGUGGAGAAACCAACCUUUCCAAACAAAUUGAUGGUGUUUUGUGGUGUGAAGGUUGAUGAAACAUUUGGCAUUAAAGAGUUUCGUGGAUUGAAAGGUUACCGUCCUACUGCCUGUGUUCCUGCAUUAGAAUUAACAAGAAUAGGACUAAAGAAGGACCCUAGAGCAGUCCCAAGGGCAGGGGAACGAGUCCCCUAUGUGGUUGUUUAUGGACAGCCAGGUAUACUUCUUCUAAAUGACCUUUUAUUUGAAUUUGGACCUGCCUAA